CAAUGUUAUCGGCCGUGCAACUCUGUAUUUUGUAUUUUUCUGCGGUAUUUUUUUCAUGUAUUUUCAAUUCGACCAGCCAAAAAAGUGUAGGAUACACUGCUUCUGCAUAGAAAAUAAAUUUCCUGUCCCCCAUACACGAAAAGCAAAAAGUGCAUGUUAUCCGCUGGCGAACCGAAUGCAGCAAGCAGGCUAGCAGGCAGUGGCUAGCUAGCCAUCUCCCUCUGGCCAUUCCGCAUCUCCGCUACCGCGACCGCGACCGCAUCCCAAAAUCCGGAGGAGAGUCCGCGUUUAGCGUUUUUCCCCACUUGUGUGUGUUUUUUGUUAUGAAUAUAUCGAAGGUGACAACAUCGCUUGGUGGCGCCGAAAAGGCGAAGCCCGCAACUUCCGCGACAGCCGUUGUCGUUGCAGCAGGGAGCGGAAGUGCCACAGUUGGUGGCAGUGGCGCUACUGCUGGUGGUGGUGCUGGUGCUGGUGCAGCACCCAUAUUCAAUGCUGUCAGCAUACAGAAGCGUUCCAGUGCCGAGGACACUGCCGAGGACUCUACCGCCGCUCGCAAGAAGCAAAAGACAACAGAACUGAUAAUCGCCAAGAGCGCCACCACUUCGAAUCCCACACAGCAGUUGCUCUACCAACUGAAGCCGAAGAACGCCAGCGACCAGGCCGACAACCAGCAGCAGGAGGAUGCCACCGUGUGGACGUCCGGCGACCAGCAACAGAUCAUAUUGUGCAAUUUCGGCGAGAUGAGUGCAAUAAAGUCUCAGGAUGAGUCCGAAAAGCAGACCUUCAGCUUUACCAAAAAAGAGGCCGGCUCAUCCAGCUCGUCCUCCUCCUCGACAGCCUCGAUUUUAUCGCUGGAGCCCAGUGGCUCUGGCCAGGAUCCGGGCGAUAGCCAGCCCGUGGGCAAGACCGAAGACCUGGACUUUGUGCUGAUGCCCGCCGCCAGUGCGGACAACUCGACAGCAAGUGUGUCCUCAGGAGGGGGAAGUAGCUCCGGCAUAGCCUCCACCAUCAUUCUGAACGCCAACAAUGGCGGAACGACGACGACGACGGGCGUGGCGGGCACCACCACCACCAUUCUUACCCAGAAGGCGGGUCAGGCGAACUUCAACAUCUUCAACGCCACCACCGCAACGGGCAGUCAGACGCCGACGACCACGAUCCUCAACCGGAUGAACCUGCAGUCGAAGAUGAAGACCACCCAGCUGGUGGUUAAUGCCAAGAAGCUAUCGGAGGUCACCCAGACCACGGCGAAGGUGUCCAUUGGCAAUAAGACGAUAUCGGUGCCGCUGCUGAAGCCGCUGAUGAGUGCCAGCGGCGUGGCGACCGCCGGUGGGGCCACCAUCGUGGAGAGCAAGCAGCUCCUGCAGGCGGCGGGCGGCCAGGUGACCGCCAAUGCGGUGGUCAGUGCUGCCGGUGUGGCUGCCGGCCAGCAGGUGCAUGCCCAUGGCCAUCCGCAGGCGCGCCAACACCACAACUUCACCAACCUGAUCAAGCGCGGUCCGAAGAACCCCGCCACGAUAGUCUCCUUCUCCGGGCUGCAGAUCAAACCGGCCACUACGAAAAUCGUCGCCGCCAAGGUGGUCAGCAAGAAGAUGUCGCUCCAGCUCCAGCAACAGCAGCUCCAGCAGCAGCACACCCAGCAGCAGCUCCAGGUGACGAGUGGCGCCAGCCUGGCCCCGGCCACCGGUAGCAUUGUCACCAUAACCACCACCAAUCCCAGCCAGACGUACGCCAUGGUCCAAGAUGCGGCAGCAGGCGCCGGAGCAGGAACUAAUUCCAGCUCCAUGGCGGAGGAUGAGAGCCCGGCGCCGCGCAAGAUCACCUACAACACGGAGAACAUCCACAAGAUCCUGAACAAGAGCAAGAACCAGGACCAGACGGAGCCGGAGUUCGCCAACAUCAACAGUGUGGUGAUCAAGCCCCUGGACAAGACCACCCUCAACUGCCCCACCAGCUUCAACAUCUUCAAGCAGCAGCAACAGGCCGUGACGGUGGCGGCAGCGGCAGCCCAGCAGGGUAACCAGAACCAGACUCCGGCCACCUCCUCCGCCGCCUCGGACCUGUCUUCCGCCUCCACGGUCUCCGUCUCAGCCGUCUGCAUCAAUAGCCCGGUGAUGGGCUCCCGUCCCAUCAUCUCCUUCACCAACAACAAGAACAUAUCCCUGGUCCUGUCCAAGACGACGAUGGCCCAGCAGAAGCCCAAGAUGAUAACCACCACCACCAUGGCCACCAUGCAUCAGGCCCUCAACCAGGACUCCGCCAACGACAAGGGGACGGUGGCUGUGGCUGUCGGAGGAGGUGGAGCGGCCUCUGCCCCGCCCAUGCAGCUCAAGCUGACGCCCACCAAGCUGAGCGUGAGCCUGACCGCCAGCCAGCCGAGUGGCGUUGGUGGCCAGGAGGCCAAGCUGGAGGAGAUCGUCGCCGGUGAGCCGAAGGUGAAGCUGCUGGUGAAGCAGGAGGUGCCGGUGGCGGUGGUCAAGAGCAGGGAGGCGACCACGCCCACGGCCCAGGACACAGAGCCGGAGUCCACGCCGGAGAAGCAGCGUCUGAACGCCAGCACCACCCUGACGCCCAUCAGCCAGGUGCCAGGACCGCCGGUCGGCGUGGGGAGCACCUCGGCGCCCCAGGCCUCUACCUCGAAUCCCAGCACCCCCAACUCGAAUCCCGCCACGCCCCAGAACACGCACAACAGCCAGCGACCCGGAGCGGACGAGUCCAACAACGCUCUGCUGAAGCAGCUGCUCCAGAACACCAGCAACAGCCACAGCCUCAACCAGAUCAACAUCACAUCCGCCCACGUGGCCAACUCCGGAACCAAUCCACCGAUGUCGGCCCACGUGGCCAACGCCGCGGGCUCGGCUCCGCUGUCGGCCCGGAAAGUGAACAACGUGCGGGCGCCCUGCCUGGGACCAGCUCCCUCCAGCCUGGAGGCUCAGCUGGCGCGACCGGUGAAACCGCCCCUGCCCACGGCCACGCCUGGUAGCUCCACCACGUCCGGCAGUGGCACGACGGCUUCUGCCAACAGUAGCAGCAGCAGCAGCGCCCCCGUUGCCACCUCCACAUCCACCACAACAGUGGCGGGAGCAGGUAGCUCCUCUGUUUCCGUUGCGGGGACAGUGGUUGCCCCAGUGCCCGCCACCACGCCCGGGCCCAGUGCCACCACCGUUGGAGAAGCUAAGAUGGAGCAGAAACCAGAGGCACCUGUGGUGGUCAACCAGAACCAAGUGCCCCCGCCACCUCCGCCUCCACAACAGCAGCAGCAGCACCUGCCAGUGCAGCCACCUGUCCAACCGGCCCAGGCAUCCCAGCCAGUCCAGCCCCCAGCCCAUCCAGUCACCAAGCAGACUGUACAAAUCGUGUCCAAGGAGACCUCGUUCAUAUCGGGGCCGCCCAAGUCGGUCCAGGAAGCCAAUCCGAAGCCCACAGAGCUGCUACCACCGCCGCCGUACGAACUGGCCACGGCGCCCGUCUCCAACGUGACCAUCUCCAUAUCCACCAAGCAGCCGGCGGCCAAGGAGCUGCAGAUGAAGCCCAAGGCGGUGGCCAUGUCCCUGCCCAUGGAGCAGGGCGACGAGUCGCUGCCCGAGCAGGCGGAUCAGCCGCCGAAUCAGGAGCACGGCGCCACACCAGCACCCCCAGGAGCACCGGCCACAGCCGCAGCAGCUACAGUACCGUGGAGCAACAGCAACCACCUGGAGGCGGGUGUGGGCGCCACCAAGAUACCAUUCAAGCCGGGAGAAGCCCAAAAACGGAAGCUGCCCAUGCACCCGCAGCUGGAGGAGAAGCAACUGCAGGUGCAGCUCCAGCAGCUGGUCGAUCCCGGCCAGGUGACGCCCGGCACUCCCACGCCGGACAAGGUCCAUCUCAUAUCGUCGGUGCUGACGGGCUACGUAAAGAAACCGGGAACUGGCGGCGAGACGACCAUCCAGGCCGUGCCCAGCCAGAGCCAGGGCCAGGUGCAGAUGCAGGCCCAGAUGCAGGCGGCCAUGCAGGGUCAGUUGCAGGGACAGAUUCCGGGCCAGUUGGCGGGACAAAUGCCCAACCAGAUUCAGGGCCAGAUCCCAGCCCAAAUGCAGAUCCAAGUCCAGCAGCAGCAACACCAUCAGCAGCAGCAGCAGCAGCAUCCUCAGCAGCAGGUGCACCAGCAACACCAGGUGCUGCAGGUGGGCCAGGUCCCGGGGCAGGUGGCGAUGGGCCAGGUGGGCGGCGGAGUGCCCUCCGCCAUGCCGGUGGAGACCAAGGCGGUGGAUCAGCGGAAGCGACGUAAGCGGGAGGUCCAGAAGCCCCGACGGACCAACCUGAACGCUGCCCAGACCGCGGCGGGCGUGCUCAAGGACAUGACGGGCACUCUGCCGGCGGGAGCGAUGGUCCAGCUGACCGGGAUGCCGCCGGGCACCCACUACAUCCAGGGCGGGAGCAACAGUGUGAUCAGCAACGCCGGCUCGGGCGGAGUGACGCCCGGAGGUGUGGGAUCCGCCGCCAGCGCCUCACCGAUGAUGAAGAAGCGGGUGCGGAAGCUGUCCAAGGUGGAGGAGGACCACGACGCCUUCACCGAGAAGCUGCUGACCCACAUCCGCCAGAUGCAGCCGCUGCAGGUCCUGGAGCCGCAUCUGAAUCGCAACUUUCACUUCCUGAUGGGCAGCAACGAGACGGCCAGCACUCCUCCGGCCGGAAGCAGCGGAAGCGGAGGAGGAGCAGCAGCAGGUUCCUCAGCGGGAUCAGGCGGUGGCAAGGUCAAGGGCAGUACACUGAACGCACGGGGAUGGCCCCUGGGCAGGCAUUUGGAGGGACUGGAGGACUGCGACAGCGCCACCCUCGGGCGCUACGGUCGCGUCCGCAUCCCGGGCAUCCCUUCGCUCUACGACUCGGAUCGGUUUGGCGGCAGUGGUGGCCUGGUGGGCGGAUCGGCCGCCACACGCUCCCCGUCGCCGUCCCUUUCGCCGGGAGGAUCGGACAAGAACAGCCUGCCCCUGUCCAGCAUCCAGAAUGACUUCUACGACCAGGAGUUCUCCACGCACAUCGAGCGCAAUCCGCGGGAGCGCCUGCUCCGGCACAUCGGCGCCGUCCGGGACUGCAAUCUGGAGACCGUGGAGCUGGUGGAGAGCGACAGUGUGGCGGCGUGGGCGGCCCUGCCCCGGGUCACUCGCUACCCGGGCCUUGUGCUGCUCAAUGGGAACAGUAGGUGCCACGGGAGGAUGUCACCAGUGGCGCAGCCGGAGGAUCCCAUCACCAUGCGCGUCCCAGUAUCGCCCCUGAUCCGGUCCUGCGGCGAGGAGCUGCGCAAGAGCCAGCAACUGGAACUGGGCACUGGAUCGAAUAACAACAACAACAACAACUACCAGCAGAAGAACCAGAAUGUGAUACUCUCGCUGCCCGCCAGCUCCGGCUCGUCGGACAACAUAGCCGGCGUGCUGCGAGAUCUGGCCAAUCUGCUCCACCUGGCGCCGUCGCUGACCUGCAAGAUCCUCGACGGGGACAAGGUGCAGGUGGGCAGCGAGAAGCUGCUGCUGGAGGCCGAUCAGGAGGACAACAAGGAUGACUUCAAGCGUCCGCUGAACAUCAGCCACGGCCACCUGCGGAAGAUCCUGAACGGACGGCGGAAACUGUGCCGCAGCUGCGGGAAUGUCGUCCACGCGUCCGGGUUGCGGGUGCCCCGACACAGUCUGCCCGCGCUGGAGGAGCAGCUGCCCCGGCUGGCCCAGCUCAUGGCCAUGCUGCCGAAGAAGCCCAUCCCGGCGCCCUUCGUCUACUUCUGCGAUCGAUCCUGCUUCGCGCACUUCAAGUGGAGCGCCGGCAAGGAGAGCCAGGCGGAGGCGGCCAGCCUCCUGCUCCAGCCGGCGGGCGGCGCCUGCGCCUCCUCCACAUCCUCCUCCGCCUCGGUGUCGGCCACCGCCUCCGCCAGCGAAUCACCGUCUCCGGCUCUGGCGGAGACCGUGGUGAAGCAGGAGCCCGAGGACGAGUCGGAAAUGAAGCAUCCGGGCAUACCCGGCACCCCAAUCCAGCGCAAGUGCAUCGUCAAGUGCUUCAGUGCCGACUGCUUCGGCAGAGACACCGCCCCGACGCUGGACUUUGACGAGACGGGAAGGGUGGCGGGCACAGGAACGGGAGCUGCCAACAACACGGUCUGGGAGACGGAUGCCGGCAGCCAGCAAUUGGAGGACACGCGGCAGUGCGUCUUCUGCAACCAGCGAGGCGAUGGCCAGGCGGAUGGACCCUCCCGGCUGCUCAACUUCGAUGUGGACAAAUGGGUCCAUCUCAACUGCGCGCUGUGGUCGAAUGGCGUUUACGAGACCGUGUCCGGUGCCCUGAUGAACUUCCAGACGGCGCUCCAGGCGGGCCUCAACCAGACGUGUAGCGCCUGCCACCAGCUAGGCGCCACGAUCAAGUGCUUCAAGUCGCGCUGCAACAGUCUCUACCAUCUGCCGUGCGCGAUACGAGAGGAGUGUGUCUUCUACAAGAACAAAUCCGUCCACUGCAGCGCCCACGGUCAUCCCCACGGCAUCGGUAUCGGUGGUGCGGGUGGCGGCGGAGCCGGCAACUCCUCAGGCGGCGGCGGCGGCGGUCUGGCAUCUGGAGCUGGAAGCGAGAAUGAACUCAGCUCGCUGGUGGUCCAUCGGCGGGUGUUUGUGGAUCGCGACGAGAACCGGCAAGUGGCCACCGUGAUGCACUACUCGGAGCUGAGCAACCUGCUCCGUGUCGGCAACAUGACCUUCCUGAACGUGGGUCAGCUGCUGCCCCACCAGCUGGAGGCCUUCCACACGCCCCACUACAUCUAUCCCAUUGGGUACAAAGUGAGCCGCUACUACUGGUGUGUCCGACAGCCGAACCGAAGGUGCCGCUACAUAUGCAGCAUAGCAGAGGCUGGGUGCAAGCCCGAGUUCCGCAUCCUGGUGCAGGACGCCGGCGACAAGGAGCCGGAGCGUGAGUUCCGCGACAGCUCGCCGACAGCCGUCUGGCAGCAGAUCCUCCAGCCCAUCACCCGGCUGCGCAAGGUGCACAAGUGGCUGCAGCUCUUCCCCCAGCACAUCAGCGGCGAGGAUCUGUUCGGCCUGACCGAGCCGGCCAUCGUCCGGAUACUGGAGAGUCUGCCCGGCAUCGAGACCCUCACCGAUUAUCGCUUCAAGUACGGCCGUAAUCCUCUGCUGGAGUUCCCGCUGGCCAUUAAUCCCUCGGGCGCUGCCCGGACGGAGCCCAAGCAGCGCCAGCUCCUGGUCUGGCGGAAGCCACACACCCAGCGCACCGCCGGCAGCUGCAGCACCCAGCGCAUGGCCAACUCAGCGGCCAUCGCCGGGGAGGUGGCCUGCCCGUACAGCAAGCAGUUCGUUCACUCCAAGAGCUCCCAGUACAAGAAGAUGAAGCAGGAGUGGCGCAACAACGUGUACCUGGCGAGGUCCAAGAUCCAGGGUCUGGGUCUGUACGCCGCCCGGGAUAUUGAGAAGCACACCAUGAUCAUUGAGUACAUCGGAGAGGUCAUCCGCACGGAGGUGUCCGAGAUUCGGGAGAAGCAAUACGAGUCUAAGAAUCGCGGCAUUUACAUGUUCCGGCUGGACGAGGAUCGCGUGGUGGACGCCACUCUGAGCGGCGGCCUGGCGCGCUACAUCAACCACUCGUGCAACCCCAACUGCGUGACGGAGAUCGUGGAGGUGGACCGGGACGUGCGGAUCAUAAUAUUCGCCAAGCGGAAAAUCUAUCGCGGCGAGGAGCUCUCGUACGACUACAAGUUCGACAUCGAGGACGACGCCCACAAGAUACCCUGCGCCUGCGGUGCCCCCAACUGCCGCAAGUGGAUGAACUAAGGAGUCGGCCCCAGUGAACAGGAAUCGGAAUCGGAAUCGGAAUCGGAUACCUAUAUAGCAUAGAUAUAGCCUAGCAUAGCCCAUAGCAUCGCUAAGCAGUAUAGAACAUGUACAUAGAACCCUGUAAGUUAUGUAUAUGAUGUGCCCACUGUAGCUAAUUUGUAACCAUUAUAUAUAUAGGAAUCGAUCUAUAUAUAUAUAUGUGUAUCCCGGGGAGUGGCGAGUGUUUCAUAGUCUAAAUUAUAAACGUUUCUAUAUAUGUACAGAUAUUUAUGUAUAAUAGACAUAUAUAGGCAGAAUAUAAAUGUUAAUGCAAGGACAUGACCACGCCCCUACUGUAUUUUAAACCACCUCCACCAUAAAUCGCAUCCAUACACUAUAUAUUUUAUUUUUUUUUUUAGACUCAUCUCUGUUAGAAUUGCAAUAAUAAUCGGCGGUAGACAGACAGACCCACUUAUGGCCCUCCCUCUCCCGACAAACUAAAAACAUAAAAAAUAUAUAUACUUGACUUUAUGCGCGUGUGCCUUCCCACUACUGUUUACCAUUAUUAAAUAUUAUUAAUAUAUUAUUAUCAUAAUUUUAGGAAUUAUUUUUUCACUCUGCUUAUUCGAGACUAGCUUCUCAGCGCUAAUUGUGUGUACGAUUCUCCUCUGAACUCUGAAUACAUACGCCGAUAGGUCCACAAAUAUACAUAUAUACUAUACUAUAUAUUUUAUUUUAUUUAACUAGUUUGCAAUAACUCUUAAGCGUAUUCACUAACUCAAAAUGCAACUUGUAUUUUUCAUCCAACCACCACCAAACAACCCCUCGUAAUUGUUAAGUAAAUUUUUAAUGCAAAAAAUGUCA